GGUAAUUUAGCCUAAAAAGAUAGAAAACAACAGGAGGCUAUUGAAGAACGUUGAUGAUACCAAACUUCCUGCUGCAUCUAUCUGCAGUCGUAGCCGCAAACCGGAGCUCGCAGUAACCAAAUCGGAGCAGACCCGUCACUCACCGGACUUCCUUUCUGCUUUCAUGGCCUUUGGGAUCACACCUGUGGUAGAUAUUGCAAUCUCAUUCUAGCGCAGUUUGAUCCGUAUGAAACACACAAUGCUCAUGAAUCAGAAGUUGUUUGUCCACGUGAACGGGGGUAUAAGGCUACCAAUUACAGUGCAAGGAGCUUCUACAAGGGUUCUCUCUUUAUCGUCUUCAGAUAUGAAAGCAACAAGACAAAGCCAACAGGAAAAUGAUGGCACAUCCCGCUCUCAACAGUUAUCCUCCGUGGCAGGAGGGAUAGUAGCUUUGGGUAAGUUUGAUGCGUUGCAUAUUGGUCAUCGUGAGCUCGCUAUCCAAGCAGCAAAGGCAGGCACUCCAUUCCUGCUAUCGUUUACGGGAAUGGCAGAAGUUCUUGGCUGGGAGCCUAGGGCUCCUGUAGUAGCCAAGUGUGAUCGUGAACGGGUGCUUUCAUCAUGGUCUGCUUGGUGUGGAGAAUUGACGCCAACAGAACUUGAAGUCGAGUUCUCUAAAGUUAGAAAUCUGACACCACGCCAGUUUGUGGAGAAGUUAUCAAAAGAGCUCGGUGUACGUGGUGUCGUGGCAGGCAAAAACUAUCGGUUUGGUUACAGAGCUGCAGGCGAUGCAUCUGAGCUGUCAAGGUUAUGCGAAGAGUACGGUAUAGAGGCAUACAUCAUAAACCCAGUGAUGGACCAAAAACAGAGCAUACUAAACAGAGAAUUCACCAACAGUAAAGAAAGAGGACAGGUGUCAUCUACCCGUGUUCGAUACGCACUAUCAGAGGGAGACAUGAAGUACGUUUCAGAGCUUCUUGGUCGCCACCAUCGUCUAAUAUUAAUGCUAAAUGAUGACCAAAGUUUGACCAGCAAAAAGAACACGACCUCGUUUCCCAGAUCAUGUUUAUUGAAUCUUCCACCCAAAGAGGGUGUAUACGAGAAUUGUAGUAUCGUAUAUGGUAAAGAAAAUGUUGUACCUUGUAGAGUAGUCGUCGAUACGGAUAAUAUUUGUUUAGAGUUGGUAGAGAUAGAUUGUAUUGACAUUCCUUCAGGAGACUCACAAUACCUGAAUAUUGAGUUUGGUGCCUGAAAACAUUUAUUGAAAGUGGAAUACACGGUUGCAUUUAUGUUCUUAUAA